CAUUUUAAUUUCUGUCAAAUUUCUUUAGGUUACAUUCUAACGUGUAGUAACAUAUUUAUCGGUUUUUGCUGGUUUUUGUGACUUUUAAAAUGCCGGCGGCCGAAGAAGUAAAGUCCAGUUGGGCAGAUGAGGUCGAAUUGGAGGGAGGAACCACCCUACCAGCCCCUACGGAAGUCUACGAGAACGGAUUUAAAGUGGUGACAGAAUAUAAAAUUAACGACGACGAGAAGAAAGUCAAGAUUGUGAGAACGUACAAGAUCGAAAAAAGAAUCGUGUCCAAGUCUAUUGCGGUGAGAAAAACCUGGAAGAAGUUUGGCGAGUGUUCCAAUGAUAAGCCAGGUCCAAACCCUGCCACUACAAUUGUUGCUGAAGAUGUUUACAUGCAAUACAUCACCAGCAAAGAGGAGGAUAAUAAACAGGAGGAAGAUGCUUUAGAUAAGCUUAAAGCUCUUGGAGACAAAACUGUGGUUAAAUGUCGUAAAUGUAAUGGAGAGCAUUGGACCUCCAAGUGUCCAUGGAAGGAUACUACUUUGGCUGGUGGUAAAAUUGAUGACAAAAAACCAACACCCAUGGGAGUAGGACCUGGUGCAGGUGAUGCCAACAAACCAGGGGUUUCCAAGUAUGUUCCUCCUGGUAUGCGUGACGGUGCCUCAAAAAGAAUGGACGGCCCGAAUAUGCAAAGGAGAGAUGACCAAACUGCAAUCAGGAUUGCAAAUCUCAGUGAAAACACCACUGAUGCUGAUUUGGAAGAGCUUGUUAAAAGAUUUGGUCCUAUUGUCAAGAUCUACUUGGCCAAAGACAAACAGACCGGUCAAUGUAAAGGUUAUGCCUACAUCCAUUACAAAUUCAAAUGCGAUGCAGCUAAGGCCAUCAGUAUGUUGAAUGGCCAUGGUUACGAUCACUUGAUUCUUACUGUUGAUUGGUCCAAACCUCAAAACCCAAAUCAGUAAUUUUUUGUAUUAAUCCGAUUUCAUUUUAAAAUAUAAAAAUAUUAAAUUCUAUUAAAUGGUUUUUGUCUAAGGUAUUAAUGCAUUCCAAAACAGGAAAAGUUGUAAAUUCAGGUGGAG